AUGCCAAAGAGAAUAAUUUCGAUGGUUUCUGGUGGGAUAGUGGACCACUUUAGGAGCGCAAGACCCCUGAAAAUCGGCAAUAUAGACGCGAGAGGCCUGUUUUUCGUGAUAACGGUUAUAAUGUACAUUUUCUCUUACCUAAUCAGUUUUCGCCUGCUGGAAGAGGAUGAACGGGGAACCGUAGACCUGGAAUUCUACGACGACGAGAAUGAGAACUAUGAGAGGCUUCGCGCCUCAAAAGCAGAAAACGCGGGUGAUAAGCCUGAUUCAGAGGAAAAGGAAAAGAGUGAUAGCCAGAGUGAUCACUGA